AUGACGGGAAGAGACGAGGCAACAGAUGAAAAACCUAAACUAAAACUUUAUCCUUCAUUCGGAAUCGACAAAUCACGUUUUAACGGAUCUGGAUUUAGGUCCAAAGGGUUUGCCAUCACAGAUCUACUCGGUCUGGAGUCGGAACUUCAGCCCCAUCAGUCCGCUCCCGGAGCAGGCGCCAAUGGAGAAGCGCAGAGCGCGGGAGUUGGAGGGUUUUCUUUCUCUGGAGGCUCAUUGCCACUCGGGUUAGGUUUUCUAUGCAGUUUAGCGGCACAACAACCUCCCGGGGCACCGUGUUUUCUCCCGAGCCAUAUACCGCUGCUGCAUUCGAGGACAGAGAGCCACUUUAUGCAGAAUUUGGAGCAACAUCGGGACGCAUAUUCUGAUGACGAAUGUCUUUCUGGGGAUCGCAACGAUGGGAAAAACUCAGGGAAUUCUCAAAAGAGGAAAAAAAGAAGGCACAGAACAGUGUUCACUUCACAUCAGCUUGAGGAGCUAGAGAAAGCCUUCCACGAAGCGCACUAUCCAGAUGUUUACGCACGAGAAAUGCUGGCUAUGAAGACAGAACUGCCAGAGGACAGAAUACAGGUGUGGUUCCAAAACCGCCGCGCCAAGUGGAGGAAAAGGGAGAAGUGCUGGGGUCGCAGCAGCGUCAUGGCUGAAUACGGACUUUAUGGUGCCAUGGUUCGUCACUCUAUCCCCCUUCCAGAAUCCAUCAUAAACUCCGCCAAGAAUGGGAUGAUGGGCUCGUGCGCUCCCUGGCUGCUAGGUAUGCACAAAAAAACUUUGGAAAUCACGAAAAAAGCCCCCGGCACACCUGACUCGACACAUUCCGAUUCGUUUUCAGAGGAACACAAAGAGAAAGACAGCGACGCCACGUGGUCGACAGGAGGCAAUGGCGCAGACAACUCUGAAGAUAUGGCGAUAGAUUUGUCCAGCACUUCGAAACAAGAGAGCAAAUGCACUUUGAAAAGCUCACCAGCUCACACAGAACCCAGCAGUGAAUCUGAGAACGAGAGUUAAUAAUGCACAUUGUGAAUGUGG